GAGGGGUUUAGAAAGGGGUUUAUGAGAAAUGUUGAAUUUAAGCAAACGGAUUUCGCAAUUGCAGCUAAGGCGUUUAUCAACAGCAAUACGAGAAAGUAUAGAAGAUGAAGGCGACUGGUUUUAUUCAUCUGAAUGGUGGAACUCUACUUCCGAUGGACACACUGUUUUCCGAUCAGUGUCUGAUAAGGGAAACGGCGUCGUUUCUAUUGUAGCUUUCCCUUCUUCCCGACCAGAAAAUUGUUAUUGGGCAAGAAUAGAGAAUUGGCUUCAGAAGAGGUAUGAAAAGAUAUAUCCGGGGCAUGAACACAAUGGGAAUUUCAGGAUUCUUGGUUACCAAUGGCGUAAUCUUCACUUUAACGACGACACUCGCCAAAGCACCGUUAAAAUUAUGGCUGCUUACAGGGAAUCAGAUCCUGGUUCGAUAUGCUUGAUGCAACAGGCAGAGUGCCUCGCCGUUCCAUAUGUGAAGAGCAUGGUCUCUGCUGGCUUGGCUACCAUAGCAUCUUGCAAAUUUGAUCUUGAAAGUGCAGUUUAUGGGAGAAAACCAAUGAAUAUUUUAUGCAUUGGGCAUGGUGGAGGAAGCAUACCUUUGUUUUUGGCGAGUAAAAUCCAAGGUGCUGAAGUGCACAUAGCUGAAAUUGACCCUGUGGUUAUCUCAGCCUCAGUCCAAGCAAUGGGGUUCCCAUCUUACUCAGUUAUGACCCCAUCUGGUAGUCGUGCACAGUCAAUUCCUGAUCCUAUUGAAGAAGUACAAUGGAAAGGCAUUCAUGAGAGGCUUCAAUUACACGAAUCAGAUGCUGAGAAGUUUCUCCUUGAGAACAAAAAUCUUUAUGAUCUAGUUUUCAUCGAUGCCUAUGACGGGGAAGAUAUCUUUCCUCACGCCCUGUGGGAUCCACACUCUCCUUUCCUCAAUGCUCUCGCAGACCAACUUCACCCCGAGCAUGGAACCGUUGUCAUAAACCUUCACUCAGAUGUAGACUUCAGGGAUGCUGAUUUCAGUCCACCUGGUUCUCACCUUUUGCCGAUGGGAAAGUAUGUUUCUAAAGUGUGCAGAGCAUACAAAGAAGUUUUGUUAGGGAGUAAGAGUUCCAACAAUGGUCUGGCUUAUGUAGUGUCUGUGCCUUGGGUAUGUAAUACAUCUCUUGUUGUGAGCAGAGGUUUAGGAAAAUCUAGUAGAGAUAUGGUUAUGAAGACUAUCAUGUCUAGAGCUCUAGUUGUUGAGAAUAUUCUUGACUUGCCAUUUUCUUGUUUGCAAUAUCUGAAACGAGGUUUUACUUUGGUGAAUUAAUAUGAAUUAAAGUGUUUUGCCUUCUCUU